AUGCUCCCCCCGAGCGACUCGGAUGACGAAGGCUGCACUGCAGACACGGAUGAGUGGCUGAGGGUUGAGGACUUGCACUUCGUCACGCUCACCGGCUCUGCAGCGACGGACGAGGAGGUGCAGUCGACCGAGGUCGACCCCAUCAUGGCGUGGCUCUACAGAUUCGUACCGGCCAAGGGCUUGCAGUCGCUCAGGGGGCUCCUGGAGAAUGUGGGCGGCGAGGUUUUCGGCGAGGUGGUGCUCCAGCGUGCAAAGACCAAGCAGGCGGUCAACCGCCACCUGGAGCGGCAUCCUGACGCGCAGAGGUGGGCGUCCGUGCGCCUGGACGACCAGACUCAGGGCGAACGUGUGGUGCUCCAAGUCCGCGAAGCCGAGGACGUCCUGCAGAGCAUGGUGAGCAAGCUUCCCGGCGAUUCCGCGCACAUCGACGACCUCUUCCGGGCGCGUUCGGCCGAAGAAAUGACAGAUGUGCAUGACGACUUCGUGUGGGCGCCACCCCAGCGCUGCAAGCUGUACCGUGACGUCGUGGAAGGCGUGCGGCGAGUUUUGGGCUGCGGCGCCGAGGGCAUGGCGCCGGAGAACCCGGAGGGGGUCCAUGUGCUCAUGCUCAAGUGGUCGGUGGACGGCUGUGCCGUCACGAACAGCGUGGACAUACGGCCCGUGAACAUUACGAUCGCGAAUGCGCCGGAAACGGUGCAAGAUGGGUGCAUGGAGUUUCUGGCGAACCUCCCGCACCUUCGCCGCGCAACCAGCCGCCCGGCGCGCGAAGCCUUCCAGGCGAUUUUGACACGCAUGUUCCAGGGCUUCCGUGCGAUUCUUCAGCGAGGCGGUGUCCUGCUGAGGUACCCCGACGGCGUUGAGCGCCGCACGGUGGCCGUCCCCGCCAUCACCGUGACCGACCUCCUGGAGGUGGGGCACGCUCUCGGCGUGCGCAUUGGCGGCGACUCCUGGGAGUCAUGCAGCCGCUGCCUCCCUGGACGGCUGCCCGCGCCUGCGGGCCCUGCCCGGACGUGGCCCGCCAUGCAACAGCGCAUGGAGGAGGCGGAGGCUUGCGGCAACGUGGCCGACGGCGAGCUGAUGUUGUGCCGCGCGGGAGUGUGGCCGGUGCGGCCCGCGCUGGGGGUCUUGUUCGGGGACAUCGUGGACCCGUACCAGACGCGCUUUCCGGACACGCUGCACCAGAGCAGCCUGGGCAUCAUGAAGACGAUGAUGGUGCACUCCGCAUUCAAGAUUGAGGAGGUGUUCAAGAAUGUCGGCGGAUUCAACUGGACUGACGCCAUCCGGGGGAUCAACAGCGUCGUGAGGUCCCUCGUCGGAGCCUCCCGCGCGCUGAGGUUGCCAUCGCGCGCCUGGACCGUCGAUCUGCGCAAGGCGGGGGCCACCGGCACGACAACCAUGUGCACCGCCGCGCAGCUCCUCAGCGUGGCGGCGGUGUAUCCGUACGCCCUGUUCGCUGCUCUCGAAGAGCCUGCAAGGGUCGAGGAGGCAGUGGCGACGCUGCGGGACGACCUGGGCCGCGCAUGGGCGAUGUUCCUUGAUGUGUGUUUGUGCCGCGACAAGGACCGCCCGACGGAGCGCGACGCGAAAUUCUGCGAGCGCAACUAUCCCAGGUUCAUUGCCGCGGCCAGUGCUCUGGGUCCGGACGAGAAAGGCCGCGAUAUCACGGCGAGGCCGAAGUUCCACGAGGGCCACCACUACGGCGAGAUGCUGCGGCACUUGGGCGGCGCGUGGGCUGCCAGCAUGCAGUCCGCUGAGCGGCGGCACAAGAAGAUGACGCAGGUGGCCACGAACCACAACGAGAGCAGCGUGCAGCGCCAGAUUGUGACGGGCGCGGCGCGGGACGACGUGGCCGACAGGCUCCUGGACGACGACGACGACGCCGUCGAGCCGAAAGUACAUGCGGAGACCGCGGCUUGCGGCGAAUGGAUGAAGAACGUGCAGUUGGUGCAUCUGGACAGCAUUGAGCUUGCAGCAGGCGUGCAGGUCGGCGCGUCGUCUGCAGCGGACGUGGCGAAGGACGACCUGCGGCGCGCGGUGCAGCUGUGCCCGGAGCUGCGGCGCCUCCCCCGGGCGCUGUGGGGCCGUGCGCAGGAGCGCGUGCCAGCGUGGAACAGCGAAGGCCGCGCCCGCAUCGGUGUGCGGUGCGACCUGCGAUCGGGGGUGAAGAUCAAAGGCGAGGUGGGGGUGGCCAAAGCGAAGACCUUCUCGAUGGGUCCAUCCGCGGCCAUAGCCGAGGUCGCCCCGGCGGGCUUUCGGCAGGCGGAAGUGCAGCUGAGGGAUGGACGGUUUGGCCGGCUCGUGGCAGUUGCGGACGUCCAUUACGACGGCACGUUCGGGAAUUCGAAGGACGAGACACUGGUGUACGUGCAGCUGUUCUCAAGGUGGCGCAACCAGGCACACUGA